AUGGGGACAAUCGAAGCCCAUAAGAUCAAGCACUUGGAAGAAAGCUACAUAGAAAAAAUUAUCAAGAAAGAAGCAUUUAGUGUGCAAGCACAAAAGCAUGAUGAUCAGCUACUCAAUAUGGUUGGUGAUGUUGCGAGGAGAUGUUCCGGUUCUCCUUUAGCUGCUACAGCAUUGGGCUCUGUACUUCGUACUAAGAAUACCGUGCAAGAAUGGGAGGCGGUAUUAAACCGAAGCACAAUUUGUGAUGACGAAAAUGGAAUCUUACCGGUACUCAAGCUCAGUUACAAUUGCUUGCCACCACAUAUGCGACAGUGCUUUGCCUUUUGUGCUAUGUUUCCUAAGGAUCAUGAGAUUGAUGUGGAAAUGCUGAUCCGACUAUGGAUGGCUAAUAGUUUUAUCUCGGAGCAAAAAAGAGUGUGUCCUGAAUACAUUGGUAAACAAAUUUUCAAUGAGCUAUCUCAAAGGUCAUUUUUUCAGGAGGUGCAGCAAGACAAAUUUUACAGACAAAUUACUUGUAAAAUCCAUGACCUUAUGCAUGAUGUUGCACAGGAUUCAAUGGGAAAAGAAUGUGCUGCAAUAGAUACAAAACUGAGCCAAGGUGAGGAUUUUCCAUACUCCGCUCGCCAUUUAUUUCUAUCAGUUGACAUUGAAGAAAAUGUUUUGAAUGCUUCCAUAGAGAAAGGGUCUCUAGCUAUCCAGACACUAAUAUGUGAUAGAUCCGAAAUAGCAGAUGUGCAGAAAUUAUCAAAAUAUUUGAGGCCUGUCCGAGCCUUAAAGACACGGCAAGGUCGAUUUCUAAAGCCGAAAUAUCUUCAUCACCUAAGGUAUCUUGAUCUCUCAACAAGUGAUAUUGUUGCACUUCCUGAAGACAUUACCAUCCUGUAUCAUCUGCAAACAUUGAACCUAUCUUAUUGUACACGUCUUGAACAACUUCCAAAGGCAAUGAAGUAUAUGUCUGCCCUCCGUCACCUCUACACUCACGGAUGUGAUAUGUUAACGAGCAUGCCUCCAAACCUCGGACACCUCACUUCCCUGCAGACGCUUACAUGCUUUGUAUUAGGUACUGGCUCGGGUUGCAGUAACAUGGAAGCGCUGAAGAACUUGGACCUUGGUGGCCAGCUGGAGCUAAGGAAGCUUGAAAAUGUGACAGGAGCAAAUGCAAAAGCAGCAAAACUUUGGGACAAGAAAAGGCUGGAAGAACUAACAUUAAGAUGGUCUGACGAUAGUGAAAAGGAGGCACAUAAGGAGGUGCUGGAAGGCCUCCGACCUCAUGAUGGGCUAAAGGCUCUGAGGAUGUAUUGCUGCAGUUGCAGUGGUAUUCCGACAUGGAUGCUGGAGCUGCAAGGCAUGGUGGAGCUCAAGUUACAAGAUUGCCAAAAUCUCGAGAAGCUUCCUGCACUCUGGCAGUUACCGUCCCUCCAGUUUCUUUACUUAUGCAGCCUACAAAAUUUACAUUGCUUGUUCAGCGGUGGUGCCCCGUCCAAGUUUCAGAAACUGAAGAUGAUGUCCUUGGAGGAUAUGCCAAAUUUUGAGAUGUGGUGGGAUAGGAAUGAGGUGCAAGGAGAGGAGCAGAUAUUAUUUCCUGAGGUUGAGAAUCUAUGGAUCGUGCUUUGUGAAAAGCUGAUAGCAUUACCAAAAGCGUCGGUGAUUAAAAAAUCAUCAGGUAGAGAUGGCGCUGAGUGCCGCUCCCCGUUUCCAGCAUUGAAGGGAAUGUAUUUAAGUGAUCUGGACAAGUUUCACAGAUGGGAGGCGGUCCAAGGAUCUUUAGGAGAACAAGUAACAUUUCCUUCGCUUGAGGAACUACAAGUUAUUGGUUGCCCAGAGUUGACUACUUUUCCUGAAGCACCGAAGCUAAGAAAAGUAUAUCUAUACAACUGUAGACAGCAAGCAUCUCUACAGGCUGGUAGCAGAUAUAUUACUUCAUUGUCCAGUCUGGAGGUAUGGGCAACAAAUAAAGAAGAAAAUUCUACCGAACUGGAGGUAGUACGUGAGCAUAAAUCCCCCCUGGGGGAUCUGCGCUUAACAGGGUGUGACCUUUUCUUCUCAGGCUCGAGUGCACUGGCGCUAUGGAAAUGUUUUGGACAGCUAGCAACUUUGAAAAUUGCUGCGUGCGAUGCUCUCGUACAUGUAUCCUUGAGGACGUUAGAGAUUCGCAAAUGUAACAAACUGACAGGACUCACGGAAGAUGAAGCUUCUCAUGAGCAAUCUGCUCUCGUACAACGGAGUGGAACCCUCCUGCCACGUCUGGAGUCCCUAGUGAUACGUGGCUGCGACUCUUUGGUACAGGUCCCAAACCUAUCGAGAUCUCUCAAGACGUUACUUGUUUGGGAGUGCAAGAGUCUCAAAUCCAUUGCAUUCGGUGAGCAGCAGGACACGACGGGGCUGGAAACGUCAUCAUCAUUGAUGGCUGCAGGGUCGUCCUCGUCCAGCAAUGAGGAUGAAUCCACGGUGUCUACAGCUGUAGUACUGAAGCCGGUGUCAUCAUCAUCAGCCAGCAGUAAUCAUUGCUUCUUUCCAUGCCUAGAAUCUCUAGAGAUAUAUAAUUGCGGUGGCUUGACAGAGGUUGCCAACCUUCCUCCGUCCAUCAAGACCUUGAAGAUUUCGUUUUGUGGCAGUCUUGUAUCCCUGUCAGGAGAGGUCCCGUCGCUGGAACAACUCAAUGUUUGGUCUUGCCGAAGCCUGCAAUCCUUACCGAAUGGACCUCAACGAGUAUACUCAUCUCUCAGAGUUCUUAGCAUUGUAUUCUGUGAUGGUAUAAAGCAGCUUCCACCGAGCCUACAGCAACGUCUGGAUCACCUCGAGGAGAAAACUCUAGACCCCCAUCUUCUUCAAGAGAAUUCAGGGAUGUUUCAUCCGCUGGUGCUCAACGCUGCCCACACUAGCAGCGUCGUCGACUUCGUCGUGCUCUCCACCUGCAGCCAGGCAAUGAACCGUGAUCGUGCUAGCUGGAAUGAUAGAACCUGCUCAUUGUUUCUUGAGCUAAUCACUCAGCAGAAAAACCUAUGUCAUUGGGGCAACAAUAUCCCAACCCCUAUCAGGUGGACAAACGUCCAUCGUGCCUUUAACGAGGCCACAAGGCUCGGGUACAACAAGAAACAGCUCCAGAACAAGUACAACGAGCUGAAAAUGGCGUAUUUCAAUUGGCGCGAUAGUCAGAUCCAUACUGGGCUAGGCCGUGACCCGCAUACUGGAGAGGUGACAGUUGACCCCGGUUGGUAUGCCGCAGGCACCGGGGAAAGUAGCCAAACCGCUCGUGAGAGGUUCAGACGUCCACAAUGCUGUGAGAAACUGAUCUUGAUUUUGGGACGCACCCCACGUGACAGGGGCGAGUUGGUAUCUGCAGGGGGACAUCAACCUGACCGUACACCCAGUAGUGUAAGCCCUCAGACUCCUCAAGCCUUGUCCAACGAGCCCGUACAACCACGUAGUGUUGGUCAGUCCUCCAAGAGAGUCACUAGGGACCAUUCCGUUAACAGUCCUCGCAGUAAGAAGAGUAGCAGGACUCCAACCCUUGAUGACUGCCUUGAUGACCUGAGCGACAUUAUCAGGGAUACUAGGGCGCAUAAGGCCCAUCAAGCCACUGAUGCCGAGGAGAUGGCCCAAGUGAAUCAGAUUCCGAAGCAAGAUGGUUAUAGCGAGAGUGAUGUAGUCUUUGCCCAAGCCCUUAAUCUUUGCAACAAUAGGCUCUGUCGUCGGGCUUUUCUUGAUUUGGAAACAAAAGAGGGCCGGCUGAACUAG